CUGUCUUGCUCGCGGGUUGCACUUCAAAUGGCAUGAGCGAUGUCUACCUAAUAUCCCUGCGAUAUAAUGUACCAAACCCUCUGAUAACUAAGGGACCAGGUCAAGUUAAUACACUUAUAUCACACGCUAUCUACAAUGUGUCUCAGUCGGGAAAUGGAACAACCUUUGAAGUGCGCGCAGGUUACCGGGGGCUUUGCGUGGGGCAAAGCAACGAAGAUCGCAUCUGCUCUAGCAGUGCCAAAGUGCUUGCAAAUAUAAUUGGAGCGCAGCGCAGAAUCAUCGUUAAUGGAAAUAACAGUGUAGAGACUACACCAGACCCGCUUAACUUGAUCAUGGUUGCGGAGGAGUUUAGGCAAAGGAUAGUAUUUGAUGGGUUGCUAUUUGUUGUGCUUCUAUUAUGCUUCAUUUCAUUCAUAGCAUUUUCAACCUUUCCAGGAUGGCAUGAAGAAAUAGACGCAGAUGGCGAGGAAAAGGAGGUCAGACCGUUCCCUGGGGGUUUCAUCUCGCGCUUUUCUUUGAUUGUGUCAUCAAGCGCGGUUUGGUUUGCAUUUGUCUCAGUGUUUUGGCAGCAUAUUAAUAGUAGUUCUACUGCGACGAUGGCCGAAGUCCUCAAUUAUGGCGCCGUCUCAGGUCAUGUUGGGACCACCGCGAUGGCACUGGGGUGGAUUUCGGUAGGCGCAAUUAUCGUUGUGAGCCUUGCGGUCUGGCUCAUGAUCCUCAGCAUUAAGAUCCUUCAACGUCUGACCGAAGACGAAAGCAGUCAUUGUGGAGAUAGUUCAUCGGAAGGGAGUUCGUAA